CGGAGGCCGGGAGGCGAGGCCCCGCGGAGGAGGGCCAGCCGGGAGCCGCACAGCUGAGCCACGGCCCGGGUUCAAGCCCAGCUCCGGCGUGCGCGCGAAGGCGUGGCGCGGGCUGCGCAGAGGCCCUGCCGCAAGCCGCCGGGAGCGCACCGCGGGGCGCGGCCACCGCCCGACGCCCGGCCCGACAGCCCGACGGACGGACGGACAGCCCGACGCCCGGCCGGACAGUCUGAUGCCAGCCUGACGCCCGGCCGGACAGCCCGACGGACGGACAGCCUGACGCCCGGCUGGACAGUCUGAUGCCCGGACAGCCUGACGCCCGGACAGACAGCCCGACGCCCGGACAGCCCGACGCCCGGACAGACCGCGGGGCGCCCAGGUGCGGGAGGAACGAGCCAGGCCCCGCCCCGGAGCCCGCCCCGCGCGCCGCGCAAAUCGGCCGGCGAUUGCUCCGGCCUGGCCGCAGCCAGGCCGACAGCCGAGCGCCGAGGGCGUCGCUCCCGUCCCGCCGGCCUCGCGCUCCCCGUCGCGGCACUCGCCCGGGCCUCGGCUGCUCCUGCCUCCGACCCGCCUCGGCCACAGCCCGGCGGGAUGGCGCCUCAGCGGAGGGGCGCGCCCAGGGACGCCCAGGGAAGCGGCGCGGCGGAGCGCCGGCGGCCGAGCAGCACCAGGAAGGACCGGGUGCCUGGGGAGGUGCGGAAGCCUUGGCUGAAGGCCCUGGGCCUGGGCACCGGCCUGGCACUGGCCGGGCUUCUGCUCUGCAGCCAUCUGGGGACGGACGACAGUGUUGCCGAGGUCCUGGCCCACCGUGGUGAAGUCCUGACAGGAAGGUUCACCGAGGUGCCCUGCUCCGAUGACUACGAUAGCCACCGAAGGUUCGAAGGCUGCACCCCCAGGAAGUGUGGCAGAGGCAUCACUGACGUGGCCAUCUCCAGGGAGGAGGCAGAGCGCAUCCGCAGUGUGGCGGAGAAGGGGCUCUCCCUGGGAGGAUCUGACGGAGGGGCAUCCAUCCUGGACUUGCACUCAGGGGCUCUGUCUUUUGGGAAGCACUUUGUGAAUCUGUACCGAUACUUUGGGGACAAAGUACAAAGUAUCUUCUCUGAAGAAGACUUCCAAUUAUAUCGGGACCUGCGGCGGAGGGUCCAGCUCACCAUCGCCCAUGCCUUUGGCGUCAGUGCCUCCUUGCUGCAUCUCACCAGGCCCACCUUCUUCUCUCGCAUCAACAGCACAGACGCCCGGACGGCCCACGAUGAGUACUGGCACGCACAUGUGGACAAGGUGGCCUACGGCUCCUUCGACUACACCUCCCUGCUGUACCUCUCCGACUACCUGGAGGACUUCGGAGGAGGGCGCUUCGUGUUCAUGGAGGACGGCGCCAACAAGACGGUGGAACCCAGGGCCGGCCGGGUCUCCUUCUUCACCUCUGGCUCUGAGAACCUCCACCGCGUGGAGAAGGUGCGCUGGGGCACGCGCUAUGCCAUCACCAUCGCCUUCACCUGCAACCCAGACCACGGCAUCGAGGACCCGACACUUACGUAGUGCGGUGGGGGGGCAGGCGCCCCUGGCCCCCAGCAUGAGGCUGCACCCUGGACCAGCCUCGGCCCCUGGCACAGUGCCUUACACUGAUCUGGAGUUGAUUUGCUGACCUUUUAAUCUUUUCAUCUGUGGAUAAAUUAAGGGAUUUGCUUUUUCGCCUCA